AUGCUCCCAAGUCGCGGAAGGGUCUCGCUUUGCAGACUCGCCAUCCCCCUCUUCCAUCACGGGAGCCAGAGCUUGUCUUGUUCGUCGUCUCCGGCCGCCUCGGCCCUCACCCUCCAGCGCCUCCUCUCCAAGCAUCUCACCAGCUUUACCGAUCUCGGCCGGGCCCAUUCCCUCGUCAUCACCUCCGGCCACUCCUCCAACCCCUUCCUAGCCGCCAAGCUCAUCUCCCUUUAUGCAGACUUCCGCCGCGCCGAUCUCUCCACUGGGGUCUUCUCGGCGGCCAUCGCGCGCCAGCCAGUGGACACCUUCCUGUGGAACUCCAUCAUCAAGUCCCACUUCUCCAAUGGCAACUUCCGUCCUGCUCUCCACCUGUAUUGCCAGAUGCUCGCACAGGGAGCGCGGCCGAACCACUUCACCAUCCCGCUGGUAGCCUCGGCCUGCGCAGAGCUGCUGGAGCUCGCCGGGGGGUCUUGCGUCCACGGCGCUUCCCUCAAGUCCGGUUUGCUCGGAUUGGGCUCCGCCGGCGUGGGCUCUGCUCUAGUGUACAUGUACUCAAAGAGCCAGGCCAUUGGGGACGCGCUGAGGUUGUUCGGGGAAAUGCCGGAGAAGGACGUGAUCUCUUGGACUGCCAUCAUAGUCGGAUGCGCUAUGAAUGGGGAUCCCGAGCUGGCCUUGGUUUGUCUCAGAGACAUGCACGGCGGAGGCGCGAGGCCGAAUUCUCGGACCCUCGAGGUCGGCCUGAAGGCCUGUGGGAGCCUGGAGGCCCUGCUGGAGGGGAGCUGCCUGCAGGGGCUGGCAGUGAAGAGCGGUUCAUGGUGCUGCCAUUCUGUGAGAUCCUCCAUGCUCUCGCUCUAUUCCAAGUGCGGAAGCUUGGACGACGCCUGCGUCGUCUUCGAGGAGUUACCCACGAAAGAUCUCAUCUCCUGGACCGAAAUCCUCGGCAAGUACGCCAGAAUGGGCCUUGUUGCCGAAUGCUCGAGGCUCUUCUGCGCGAUGGUGGCCGACGGCGUGCACCCCGACGGUGUCUCCGUCAGCUGCCUGCUCAGCGCGUUCGCCACCUGCGGCAGCAUCCGCGCAGGAGGAGCUCUCCAUGGGUUCCUCCUGAGGAAGGACCUUCUCUCAGAGAAGCUGGUUGUGAGGUCCCUUUUGGAAAUGUACUGCAGGCUCAGGCGGCCCACCGGGGCCAGGGCCGUCUUCGACAUGAUCGAAGAGAAGGACGAGGAGUCGUGGGCGCGGAUGCUCUCUGGCUUGUGGAAGAUGGAAUCGAGCGCCGAGUGCCUGAAUCUGUUCAGAGACAUGCAGUUCCUGGAGCCUGGUAUCGAAGCCAGCGCCGACUGCGUCGUCCCGGCGAUCUCCUCCUGCUCUCAAUUGCAGGACAAGCGCUCGGGGCUCGCUCUCCACUGUUUCUGCGUCAAGAAGAAGCUCGAUGAAGAGAUCUCUGUGAUGAAUUCUCUAGUGGGCAUGUAUGGUAGGGGCCCGAAGGCGGACUACUCCCGGCGGAUAUUCGAUCUGAUGGGGAGGAGGAGAGAUGUAGUCACAUGGAACACCCUGAUGACGGCGCGCGCCCGCGCGGGGCGCUCUAGCGAAGCCCUCGAGCUGUUCGAUCAGAUGCUCUCCGAGGAUGUGGAGCCGAGCCCGGCGACUCUGGUCAUCGUUCUCUCGGCUUGUUCCGACGCGGCGGCGCUGCGCUGGGGCGAGUUGGCGCAUGGCUACAUCAGAGAGAAGGGUCUGGAGUGCGACGCCUCCCUCUCCACUACUCUGAUCGACAUGUACGCCAAGUGCGGGCGGCUCGAUGAGGCCAGAAAUGUCUUCGAUUCAAUGGGCGAGAGGGACGCGGUCGCGUGGAAUGCCAUGAUCUCCGCUUACGGAGGCCACGGUCGCGCGGAGGAAGCCCUGCAGGUGUUCGAAGAAAUGGGGAGGGCUGGUGUGAGCCCGAACGAGGUCACCUUCAUUGCUGCUCUCUCGGCGUGCAGCCGCGCGGGUAUGGUCGAGCAGGGCCGGCGGGUCUUCGGCAGCAUGGGAGACCAUUCAGUGGCGCCCACGAGCAAACAUUACGCCUGCAUGGUGGAUCUCCUCGGCCGGUCGGGCCGGCUCGAGGAGGCCGAAGCCAUGGCCUUCACCGUGCCGGCCGCGCCCGACAGCGGCGUGUGGGGGGCCCUGCUCGGCGCCUGCCGGCUGCACGGUAACGUCGAGAUGGGCGAGCGGGCUGGGAAGAAGGCGCUGGAGCUGGAGCCCGAGAACGACGGGUACUACAUGGUGCUCUCUAAUUUGUACAACUCUGUGGGGAGGAAGGCCGACGCGAUCGAGCUGAGGGAGGCGAUGGUGAGCCGGGGUGUGAGGAAGAGUGCCGGUUGGAGCAUGGCUGAGCUCGACGGCGUUGUGGAAGAGAGCUGA